CAGCGCUGUAGCCCCUUGCAAGCAGGAGAGAUACAAAGUAGCAAAGAAUUCCCUGCAAAAAGGAGAGCCGUAACGUCGCAAAGAGGUCUCUGCAAAGGGGAGAAACAUAAAGUCGCACAGAGGUCUCCGCAGCUAAAGUCGCCGGGAAUUGUCUGCAGAUCCAGCUUGCCCGGCCAGAGAGCAGAAGGGAAAGUUUCCUGCCGGGGUCCUUGGGUGUGCAUCAGUGGCACACUCAGGGUGCAGGACUGGAGUGAAGGAAGGGGGACCAGUAUGGCUGGAGAGUUGUCUAUUGCUACAGAACUGCCUACCAGCCCGCUAGCCAUGGAGUAUGUCAACGACUUUGACCUGAUGAAGUUUGACGUGAAGAAAGAGCCUCUGGGAGGGAGGCCAGAUCGGGCGAUAAGGCCCUGCAAUCGCUUGCAACCCACCGGCUCCGUGUCUUCCACCCCCAUCAGCACCCCGUGUAGCUCCGUGCCCUCCUCCCCCAGUUUCAGCCCCACGGAGCAGAAGACCCACAUGGACGAGCUGUACUGGAUGACCAAUAGCUACCAGCAGGUCAACCCUGAAGCGCUAAACCUCACUCCGGAGGACGCGGUGGAAGCGCUCAUAGGGCCGCACCAAAUGCCCCCACAGAUGCAGGGCUACGACAGCUUCAGAGGUCAUCAUCAUCACCAUCACAACAACCACCAUCACCAGAACCACCACCAGUAUCAGGGCCUCCCCCAUGAGGAAAUGGGGCUUCCUCACCAACACCCGCACCAUCACCACCACCAUCACCACCACCAGCCCUCUCCGAGCCCGUCCGGCUCCUCCAGCUCGUCCCAGCAGCUCCAGAACAGCCACCAGCAGCACCAGAACUCCAGCGCCGUGGAAGACAGGUUCUCCGACGAUCAGCUCGUCUCCAUGUCUGUCCGAGAGCUCAACAGACACCUGAGGGGCUUCACCAAGGACGAUGUCAUCCGCCUGAAACAGAAGCGCAGGACCCUAAAGAACAGGGGGUACGCCCAGUCGUGCAGGUUCAAGCGAGUUCAGCAGAAACACCACCUGGAGAACGAGAAGACCCAACUCAUUCAGCAGGUGGAGCAGCUCAAGCUAGAGGUGAGCAGGCUGGCCAGAGAGAGGGAUGCCUACAAGAUCAAGUGUGAGAAACUGGCCAACACCACCUUCAGAGAGGCUGGUUCCACCAGCGACAACCCUUCAUCUCCAGAGUUCUUCAUGUGAGUGUGUCCCUCAGCCAACCCUGAACUGUCCCUCUGCAUAAGGUCCAAGAGGAUGAGUCCAUCAACUCCAGUGAGCACCCAACUCUUUUUGUAGACUAGUGUUUUGGGGUUGGGAGGAAGGGAGGGGGUGAAACCAUUGCUUCACUCAAGGAGUAUUCAAGAAUAAUGCUUGUCCCUCUCUGGUUGUAUGAGGGGGUGGAUAUCAGCUUGUUUGGGGGGUACGGGAGGGUGAAGUGACUGCUAACCCCACCAAGGACAGUGCUGGACAGUUAACAUUGGAGUCGAACAGAAUGAACAAUAUAUGCAGUUUUGGGUUUUUUUUAAUAUGUUGCCGUAACAUGAACCUAAAUACUCUCACACACAUGCAUUCAGGUGGGGCAUUAGGGCACCCUCCCCCUUUUGGUUUUAUUGCCUGCUUGAUUAUCUAGAAAAUAUUACAAAAAAACUGCAUUAAAAAUUACUCCUGCAUGCUGGCCAUGUAUGGUAAUACUUUCUAUUUUGUAUCAUGAUAUCGUUUUAACCCUGAGCAUGCUGUCUCCCCCCCCCCCCCCCGUGCCACCCUUCCAUCCUUUCUGCCGGUUGUCCUUAAUUCCAGGCUGCUUGCAUCUCCAGCUCCAGUGUAAAUAGAUCCGCCAUUUAGUUUGAUCAAGUGCGCCUUGCGGAAAAUAAUGGGCAUUUUUAUUGAAAUUGAAAACAAAAAGAAAUAAAAAAAAAAUGGAUCCUUUCCCCCUAAGUUGCCAUUUAACCCUUUGCCAAUAAGUGUUUUUGCUCCACCCCCCCAGCAGUUUGCUUUCUUUUUCUCAGGAAUGAAGAAGGGCUUUGAACCCUUGGGUGCUAGAGGCAUCUCUAAAUGCAUUGCAAGACUUUCCAGCUGUCCCAGCACUCAGCAAGGGGGUAGAAACCUUUGCCACCACCAGGCCUGCAUGCAUUUUUAUUUUUUUUUAGAGGGGGGGCAAAUAAGGGUUAAUAUUUUACAAGCGUAGAAACGAAAUUGUUUCCCAUAACCAUAAACGCCGGCAUCUGACUUUAAUUUCUGCUGACACCUGAACAGUCCGAAGCUGCAGGCACCAAGUCUCAGCGGACGAUGGCAGGCAGUGCUGUGACAGCGUAAAUGGUGACUUAUAUAGAUACUAAAUGCUUUCUAUCAACCCCGCUAGCAGCAUUCCGCGUCACGCUGUUUAUUCGCAGCUACACAGCGGAUUUGAUCCCCUUUUACUUUUCCUAUCCCCCCCCCCACCUCCGCUCAGAUUAUUUAUACUGUCUAUGUAGCAGAUUUUGUAUGGAGCUGGGUGCUGUUUAGUUGAAUUUUUCUGCAGGUCAGUUAAAGAGCGAAACGCGUUGGCAUACAGCAUACCAAAAUGAAAACUUUUUUUGUUUUUGUUAAAUGCAUAUUUUUUUUCUCCUUUUUUUUGGCACUGCUGGUGCAGAUGCAGUUUAUGUUUUUAUUUAGUAUGUAAGUUAAUGGUAUUAAGAAAAAAAAAUAGUUCGGGCAGCAUGGCGCUUGCAGUCUUUCAAAAAAAUUUCGUGGAAUUUUCUGUCAUGCCUCAAUGAUCUGUGUUUUUUUUUUUUUUUUCUUUUAAUUUUGUGUUUUCCUGAUUCAACUGUGUUGAAAUCACGUCUGCAAGCAGCAGGGAGUUGUUUUUAUUCCAUGUCAUGUUCAGAAGGGAGAAAUUUGAAAUUCCUGCUUCUCUUUAAACACCAACAACAACAACAAAAAAACCUGGUCUAUUGUAGUUUUAUUCAGACUGGAUUCUGUUUUUAUGUUAACAAAAAUUUUUCCUAUUUUGCUUAUUAAAAGAAUUGAAAUGGA